AUGGCAAUUCGCCUUGGCAGUCCAAAAAAUGUGGAAUCGCGCUGUCAAAUGGGCUUGCGACCUCCCCGCGGUGGCGCACCCGCGACACCGGCCGUGGUCUCCUCAGCUUUCCACAAGGCGAGGACCCCAGCCACCGCUAUGAAGUCCGCCGCCACCAUGAGAUCCGUCAGUGCUCGGGGCUCCCUGGUCGACAGCUCUUUCAAGGGGCCGGGGAAGGUGGUGUUCGCGCAGGUGGCGGCCAGGCGGGGGAGGCGCGCGGGUGCCCGUGGGUCGGGUCCCGUCUCCGUCGUGGCAGAGGACAGGCCGAUCAUCAUAGGCCUGGCUGCCGACUCAGGGUGCGGAAAGUCCACAUUCAUGAGGCGCGUGACGGGCGUUUUCGGCGGCACCCCUCAUCCCCCUGCCGGUGGAAAUCCUGACUCAAACACCCUUUUGUCUGACAUGACGACGGUCAUCUGCCUUGAUGACUACCACUGCCUGGACCGUUUUGGCCGCAAGGAAAAGAAUGUCACUGCGCUGGCACCCGAAGCACAGAACUUUGACCUCAUGGCUGAGCAGAUCCAGGCCAUCAGGGAUGGUAAGGCGAUUCAGAAGCCCAUCUACAACCAUGUGACUGGAUUGAUCGACCCACCAGAGGAGAUCGCCCCUCCCAAGAUCUAUGUAAUUGAGGGACUCCAUCCAUUCUAUGACGAGCGCGUUCGGGAUCUCCUGGACUUCAGCAUUUACCUGGACGUUUCUGAUGAAGUCAAGUUCGCAUGGAAGAUCCAGCGUGACAUGGCUGAACGAGGGCACAGCCUUGAGACGAUCAAGGCAUCCAUUGAGUCAAGGAAACCAGAUUUCAAUGCUUACAUCGAUCCACAAAAGCAGUAUGCAGACAUGGUCAUUGAGGUGCUGCCAACCCAGCUGAUCCCUGACGAUGAGGAGAAGAAGGUCUUGCGGGUACGACUCAUCCAGAAGGAGGGCAAUGAUAAUUUUGACCCUCUGUACCUCUUCGAUGAGGGCUCCACCAUCUCAUGGAUCCCCUGUGGAAGGAAGCUGACCUGCUCAUUCCCUGGAAUUAAGUUUUUCUACGGACCCGACACUUAUUUCGACGAGGAGGUGUCAGUGGUAGAGAUGGAUGGCCAGUUUGACAAGCUUGAGGAGCUCAUUUACGUGGAGAGCCACCUGAGUGGCACCUCCUCCAAGUUCUAUGGCGAGAUCACGCAGCAGAUGCUGAAAAACUCAGGUUUCCCAGGCUCCAAGAAUGGGACUGGCCUGUUCCAGACCAUCGUCGGCCUGAAGAUUCGUGAGGUGUAUGAACGUGUGGCCCAGAAGCAGGUCAUGCCAAUCACCUAG